GGAGUUCUUUCAACUAGAGAUGACGUAGUUCAGGUGUUCGCCGCUUAAGGCGUUCUUGCAGAUCUCAGAUGAUUUUUGAAUCUCAGUCUUCCUCUCAAGUCAACAAGGAGGUAAUCGUAAUGUCCACGUAAGGCUUUCGAUUCACUGAACUUCCUCCACAACCACGAAAACAUGUCUUCAAAAUAUGGCCGCCUUUUACGGCACGCGAUGGACAGUCAGAAGUGCAUUGCCGUGCCUGGAGCCUUCUGUGGUCUGGCUGGCCGCAUUGCAGCUGAAAAGGGGUUUCCUGCGGCCUAUGUUAAGGCUACCCCUUAUCCAUCUUCAGAAGCAUCCUGACUGUAGUGGCGUCGCAAGGGGGAAACACAAACAAGAGGUUCAGGAUCGUCUGCAAGAUGGAUUGGGGCGAGCUCUAACUAUGUCAGUGGCGCAGCCCUCACAGCCUCCGCUGGUGUCCCUGACAUAGGGAUGCUAACGCUGGACCAUUUCACCUCGAGGAUAAAGGAAAUCGUGCUCGCCAGCGGCUUGCCCUUGAUUUGCGAUGCCGACACGGGUUUUGGCGAAGCUGAGAUGGUCACAAGAACAACCGUCGAAUACAUACUAGCUGGCGCCGCCUGUCUGCACAUAGAAGAUCAGGUUUUUCCGAAACGAUGCGGCCAUUUGAAGGGGAAGAGCCUGAUUCCACAGCAAGACAUGCUAGAAAAACUAGAUCGAGCAUUGAGCGCUUCGAAAAAGCACUCUGGUGGCGAAUUUCUAGUGUGUGCGAGGACGGAUGCUCGAGGCGUAGUGUCCUUCGAUGAGGCCGUGACAAGGGCGACAGCGUACCUACAGAUAUUGCUUACGCACGUGAUACUUGUUCAACUUCUCACUGUAUGUAAAUUACCUUACUGUCGUCGAAAUCGAUUCAGCUACGACACCUAAUAUACUACGAGAUUACAGGCAACUGCAUGACCUCUUUUCCCAUGACCAGGUACGUCGACGCCGGUGCAGAGAUGAUCUUCCCCGAGGGCUUAAAAACUAGAGAAGAGUUCGAAUCCUUCUCAAAAGCCAUGCAAGGUCUACCCAAGCCCCCCUAUCUCCUAGCCAAUAUGACCGAAUUUGGCCAAACCCCUUACAUAUCCCAAGCAGACUUCGCAAAGAUGGGGUACAGCUGUGUAAUCUUCCCUGUCUCGACUCUGCGAUCAGCGAUGAAGGGCGUAGAGGAAUGUCUUGACGUGCUGGCAGACCCAAAUGGAACCGUUGAGCCGUUCCUACCACGCAUGUUCUCGAGACAAAGCCUGUACAACUCUCUGGGCUACACACCUGGAGAAGAAUGGAUGUAUCCGGAUACCACGACAGAAAGGAAGAAAUAAAACUGGUGAACAUUUUAUCAAUAACAGUGUUGUGAUAUUUUCCAUGGGGUAACGCAGUUCUUCUUGGAUGUAGGCCUUGUUUUCUUUUUCAUCCGCCAUCCACUUCCACACAUAUUCCUACUUCUCAAUUCCCAUUUCACCCUCAGAACCUUCGCAAUCCAAAGUGUAAAAACGCGCAACUCGUCCAAUCGUAGAUCUCUUCCUACAUUUGCGCUCACGGCUGAGGAUGAGAUCUGUCGGGUUCUUGCUUGAGAUUGAAU